ACGUUGACUUAUAACCUUUCCUGGAUUAGGGUAAGGUUCUUGACCCCAGACUUGGCAUCCUGCUAGUAAGCAUGACGUAUUUGCAGGGGCUAGCCUAAAUUAGCUGCCGAAGCGAAACCCCACACAGUUUACCUUUUUGGGAGCUUGGAGCAUAGGGAUUCCUGUGACGGAAGUGUCCAGCUGCCCCAAGAGUUCGCCUCCCCCAACUUCAUUCCUUACACUAUUUAACUCUUUUACCUCGGGAUACUUUCUCUUCUUCUAAUCAUCGAUUUUGUGUUAAAAAGCCAUCUUCCAUCCUCAAUUACCACUACACCCAUCAGCUUCGCCAUCCAUUGCUCCCAAGAGUAAACAACCCUCAUUUUUCUUAGGGCUUCUCAAUUAAAUUCAAUCACCAUGUCUUUCAUGAUCCGCCGAACCAUUCAGGUUGUUGGCCGAAGGACCUUCACCACUACCCCUCGUGUGGCAAACAGGGGACCAGUUGACAGUGUCAAGAACGCUGCACACAAGAUUGACCAUAAGAUUUCUGAUGAGCUGGUGAAAGGCAUUGAGAAAGGCCAGCACGCGUUCGGACUCGAUGCCAAGAAGGCGGCCGCCAGCGCCCAAGAAAUGGCUGGUGAGGUUAAGGGCAAGGCGUCUGAGCUUUCCGGCCAGGCAAAGGGCAAGGCUUCAGAGGUCAAGGGCAAGGCCAAGGGCAAGGCCAACGAAUUCAGUAGCGAGGAACAUGGAUUUGAGCAGUAAUUUCUUUCGUUGAUCAUAGCAUCUUUUCCCUAACGCUGUUAUGCUUUGCUACGUUGUACCAUAAUGAUUUCGUGGAAAUGGUUGAUGCUGCUCGAUGCUGCUCGAUAAUUCUAGCCGAAGCAGAGAAAAAGGAAAUGAAUGAAUCAACAGCUUUUAGCUGAAAUAGUUUGCCCGUU